AUGCGUAAUAAGAUACUCAAUCUACCCACUGCUCGUCAAUCACAAGUAUCGAUAAGUGCAGCAACCGCCGACAUUGACAAUGACCAAACCUAUGAACCACAGAACGAACCGAUAACAACAACAGCAACAACAGUUCAAGAACGAAACAAGAAAGAACAUGCUCGUGGAAGUAAAUUAAUCGUCCAUUAUACACAUGAAAAACGAUUUCAAACAUUUAAAUCAGACAUCCAUCAAGUCUAUGGUAAUGUAUUCAAAGAUACACCUGCUGCCGACGUUAAAUUGAUUGUUGGCAAUAAAAAUCGUCGUUCGGCGAAAACUGAACUUAUUUGUAAACGACCAAAACAAUCAUUACUUAUCAAUAAGCCAUUCAAAAGUAAGCCAUCUAAAGUAGAAAUCAAUAGAGAAUAA